AACUGAAGUCUUAGAGCUACCACCAGUCUCCUCAGGCACUGACUGCAGCUCUCCACACGCCAUGGCCACACAAGUAGACGGCAGGCCCUCGGGAUUCACUAGCAAUAGCUGCGACCCAGGCACAGCCCGAGAGCAUGUGCAGGUUGUGACCCGAAACUACAUCACCCACCCCCGUGUCACCUACAGGACAGUAUGCAGCGUCAAUGGGCCUCUGGUGGUGCUGGACCAAGUCAAGUUUGCCCAGUACGCUGAGAUUGUCAACUUUACCCUCCCUGAUGGUACUCAGAGGAGUGGCCAAGUGCUUGAAGUGGCUGGGACCAAAGCCAUUGUUCAGGUGUUUGAGGGGACCUCAGGGAUCGAUUCCCAGAAGACCACAUGUGAAUUCACAGGCGACAUCCUGCGGACUCCAGUGUCAGAGGACAUGCUGGGUCGGAUUUUCAAUGGCUCUGGCAAACCCAUUGACAAAGGACCUGCUGUCAUGGCAGAGGACUUUCUGGACAUCAAUGGCCAGCCAAUCAAUCCCCAUGACCGAAUCUACCCUGAGGAGAUGAUCCAGACGGGAAUCUCCCCCAUCGAUGUCAUGAACAGCAUCGCCCGUGGCCAGAAGAUUCCCAUCUUCUCUGCAGCGGGGCUCCCCCACAAUGAGAUUGCAGCCCAGAUCUGCCGCCAAGCUGGGCUGGUGAAGAAAUCCAAGGCUGUGCUGGAUUAUCAUGAAGACAACUUCGCCAUUGUCUUUGCAGCCAUGGGGGUGAACAUGGAGACAGCCAGGUUCUUCAAGUCAGAUUUCGAGCAGAAUGGAACCAUGGGGAAUGUCUGUCUCUUCCUGAAUUUGGCCAAUGACCCUACGAUUGAGCGGAUCAUCACCCCACGUCUGGCACUGACCACAGCUGAGUUCCUUGCCUACCAGUGUGAGAAGCAUGUGCUGGUCAUAUUGACUGACAUGAGCUCCUAUGCGGAAGCUUUGCGGGAGGUCUCAGCUGCCCGAGAGGAAGUACCAGGACGCCGUGGCUUCCCCGGAUAUAUGUACACAGACUUGGCCACCAUCUAUGAGCGAGCCGGCCGUGUGGAGGGCCGGGGUGGCUCCAUAACCCAGAUCCCCAUUCUCACUAUGCCUAAUGACGAUAUUACCCACCCCAUCCCAGACCUGACUGGCUUCAUCACAGAGGGACAGAUUUAUGUGGACAGACAGCUACAUAACCGGCAGGUCUACCCACCCAUCAAUGUGCUCCCUUCCCUCUCACGACUGAUGAAGUCGGCCAUAGGUGAGGGCAUGACCAGAAAGGACCACGGAGAUGUCUCCAACCAGCUGUACGCCUGCUACGCCAUCGGGAAGGACGUGCAGGCCAUGAAAGCGGUGGUGGGGGAGGAGGCGCUCACCUCCGAGGACCUGCUCUACCUGGAGUUCCUGCAGAAGUUCGAGAAGAAUUUCAUCAACCAAGGUCCCUACGAGAACCGCACAGUGUUCGAGUCGCUGGACCUGGGCUGGAAACUGCUGCGCAUCUUUCCUAAAGAGAUGCUGAAGCGCAUUCCGCAGAGCGUGACGGACGAGUUCUACUCUCGCCAGGGGGCGCAGCAGGACCCCGCAUCCGACACGGCGCUCUAAAGCAACCCCCAGCCGCAGCCUUCUUUUUAGACAGGAGUGAUGUAGGUGGGUGGGUGGGCUUUUUUUCUUUAGGGGCUUGCUGAGAAUGGAAGCGGGGGAGGGCAUCAUCCAGAAUAUUAAGCAGGCGCUCUUACUACGGAACUCCACCUCGGGCCUAUGUUUUUAUUUUAGAAGCCCCGCCUCCAGAGAUGUAACUGAAAUGGAAAACAAAACAGUAACAAACGAAUUUAUCUCUGGUGAAAACAAGAGUGGGAAUAGCUGAUUGUUGAAAGUGCAGAUUAUAUCAUGUAUUUACAAAGUAUUUACAAAGGAAACUCUAGUUGGGCACAAUGGAGCAUGGUUUUAAUCCCAGUACUCAGGAUGUCAGGUAGACAGAUCUCUGUGAGUUCAAAGUUAGUCAGGACUAAGUAGCCAAACUCUGUCAGAAAGAAAGAAAGAAAGAAAGAAAGAAAGAAAGAAAGAAAGAAAGAAAGAAAGAAAGAAAGAAAGAAAGAAAGAAAGAAAGAAAGAAAGAAAGAAAGAAAGAAAGAAAGAAAGAAAGAAAGAAAGAAAGAAAGAAAGAAAGAAAGAAGGAAGGAAAGAAAGAAAGAAGGAAAGAAAGAAAGAAAGGAAGGAAGGAAGAAGAAAAGAGAAAAAUAAAAGAAAAGACAGACAGACAGACAGAUAGACAGAAAGAAAGAAAGAAAGAAAGAGAGAAAGAAAGAAAAGAAAGAAAAAGGGAAAAGUCAGGAAAACUCAGUUGAAUUAGUACCCUAACAGAAUUCCACUUAGGGAAGUAUUUCUGUUAAAAUGAGAGCUGAGCUGAUGUGGCUGAGUAUUCAGCAUUCAGGAAACCCUGGGUCCCAGUCCCUGCACUGCACAGACCAGGCAUGACUACAUGUAACUAUA